AUGCGGCCACGUCCCCGCCCCCCCUGCCGAGACCCAGGGAGAGCGGCCAAAGGCGAGGUGCUGGCCGGGCAAAAUGGUAGGGACUUACUUUGGGGUUCCGCGCCUCCGAAGUCAUCCUCUCCUUGCAGCCCCUGCCAGGGCCAGCGCGCGCACGGGGUCCUCGCUGCCUCGCGCCACCAACGGAGCCCGGGGAGACUUAGGGAGAUGCCGGCCGAAGGGGAUGCUAAAGGAGAUAAAGCCAAGGUGAAGGAGGAGCCACACAGAAGAUCUGCAAGGAUGUCUGCUAAACAUGCUCCUCCAGAGCAAGAGCCCAAGCCUAAGAAGGGAGAGACGGUACCCAAGGGGAAGAAGGGGAAAGCUGAUGCUGGUAAGGAUGCGAAUAAUCCUGCAGAAAAUGGAGACGCCAAAACAGACCAGGCACAGGAAGCCGAAGGUGCUGGAGAUGCCAAGUGA